AUGGAAGCUUAUUUGGACAACGAUGCUGCAGAAAUACAGGCCACCAAAUCCUACAUUCUCAGUUUAUGUUCAGCGAUCGGUGGAAUGGAAGAGAUCAAGGAGGAAGAUGGAACCAUAACACAAACGUAUAUUAUUGGUGACGAGGCUUUAGCUUGUCUAAAGGAUUUGAAAAAGGCUAUUCGGUUAGAUAGUCAGAAUAAUGAAAAGGUCGUUUUAAAUGCACUUGUCGAGUAUAAUUUGAUUGAGACAGAUAUCGUGCCUUUGAUCCUGUCUUUCCGAAAUCAAAAGACGGAAAUAGCCCAUCGGUUCAUUCUUGCAUGUGUUGAAUUGUUGGUACCAAUGACUUGGCCUGUCGAAAAGAAAGGCACAGGUGACGAAGAAGUGGAUGAAGAGGAAGAUCCUAAUUUGUUGAACUGUUAUCGAAAUUAUAAAAAGGGUUUGCUAAGACCAGGAAUAUUUGAAACCAUUUUAUCUAUGGUCAUGAAAUCUGUUCGAAUUCCUCAAAGAGACCGUUCACUUGUAGAUAAGCAAAUCAUUCGUCUCGCUCUAUAUUUAUUUCGAAAUUUAACAGCCAUUCCGGAUCUGAACAUGCCAGAAACCGCCACUUACGAACAAUACGAGCUAACUCAUUUGCAAGAGAAUUUAGUGAUACAAUAUUAUGAAGCAGAUGUUAUUGAAUUCUUAUUGACGAUCGCUUCAAAUAGUGAAAAACAGCAAGAUACAACUGAUUACAACUUACUAGUUUUGGAGACUAUUUAUUACAUCCUUAAACCGGUGGAUCCAAAAGAUGUUUUCUUAUAUAAAUUUACAGGAGAUGCAGAUAAGGAAGAACUACGGACUAUUACAAGUAGGUUAUCCAAUCUGUUAGGUGAUGAAGCAAGAAAGCGACAAAAAACUAGUUAUCCGCCUACCCGCCAUAACCGAUUUGGUGGAGCUUAUGUGAUUAAUAUCGAUGGAAAGAGAAAAAUCUCAACUAAACAGCAAGCAGCGUUUGCUGACCCUGCUGAGCUAUUUGAUGCGUCAAAGAAAGAAAACAGAGUCGGCACUAAACGUAAACUUGGUGAUGGUAUUCGAAUUCAAAAAGUUUACCAAAACCGAAAAUCCUUGAUGUAUCUCAAAUUGACAGCUCAAUCAUUUCUUAUCGCUUGUUUUAAUGCAUUUUAUGGAAGUAUUUUAAAAGAUAUGCAACGGGAAGACGACAGAAUUACAAAUGCUGAUUAUGUACGUUAUCACUUUACGAUGCAUUGGUUUUUGGAGUACUUUGGAUACGAGCAGAAGGCAACAGAACAAAGAAAAGCCGAUGAAUUUUAUUUACCAACAGACAGUACGGAUUCGCUUAGUAACCCCAUACAACGCAAUGAUAAGGAUUUUGAUUUUGCUCUUAUCGCCAGUGCUAUCAAUCUCAAAUCUGUCCUAUUCACCUUAAGACAUAUGCGUAUCAAAUUAGACGAGAAGGGAUGGUUUGAUGUACAAAUGGCAGCCGAAUGCUUCAAGCAGAUGCUGUUGGUUAUAAGCACUAUGAAUAAAUCAGAGAAUGAGGAAUAUCGUGAUAUUGCUGAGCAUAUUCAGCAAAAUCUUUUCUACGAGCAAACCGCCUUUGAUUUGUUUGUGGAAAUUCUCAAAUGUUACAAAGCACAAUCCUAUGGUUAUCUGAAAGCAGUCAUUCUAUUGACACAUGUACUGCUUAAAAUGUUGGAUAGCUAUAGGCAAGGAAAGAAGAUGUUGUUUGUCAGAAGAAGAAAGAAUAGAGGAAAGAAGAAAUCCGCAUCAGCGUCAGGAACACCAGGGGGGAAAAAUGGCGACGAUGAAGAAGUGGGGAUAGUGACUGACAUACCUUCAGAAGAUGAAGCAGAGCAAGUAAUACAAGAACAGGAAGAGCAAGAGUACAAAGAUGCCGUUUUUCAAUUUUCUACAUUCGAGCAGAAAUAUAUCAAUUGGGAUGUUAUAAACGCCUAUCUUGCCCUGCUCGAAACAUAUGAAACUCUAUCGCCUGAGUAUUUCACAUGUAUAGCUAGUAUGUUCCAUAGGAUUAUGGUGAAACAAAAUGUCGAGUACCUAUUCUGGAAGGCGCCUGUACUAGAGUUAUUCAAUCGUAUCUUGAUAAAUGCCGCUAAAGUGCCGAGAUCGGAUGCUUUCGAUCAGUUAAAGAUAUUUAUUCGUUAUGCAGUACGACAAUUCUUCAAGGGUGUUGAGCAAUAUCCUUUAUUAAUAGUAGAAGCGUUCCUAUUAAAUGUGAAAACAUCGCGAAAAUGGUGGGAAGAAGAACCAGAAUCACAAGAAGUACAAUCCCAGCAAAAUAGCGAUAAUGAAUCAAACAACCGCAGUGAUGAUGAUAGUGACAAUCAUCAUACUGAUGAAGAAGAUGUAGUUGAGAGACAACAGUAG